GUAUUGUAUGUGCUACAAGUUGCAUGUUUGCAAUUGAAUAUACGUAUGUGAAUGGAUACUACUAUUAUCCAUUCACAUAUUAUCUAUUCACAGUAUAAUACUACUAUUAAACUGUAGAUGUGUGUUAUUAUUAUUAUUUUUUAAUCAAAAAUGUAGUCUCAUCUGUUGCGUUUUCUGGAACACAACAGUGAGUGAGGAAUAUGAGUAUUCACUUACCUAAUUCUGUUAUGUGACAACUUUCCAGCCACUGAUUCGUGGUUGGCCGGUAGAUGGCGAAUUACCUAUAGGCGCUUCCAGGUUGAUGGAUGAGCGCCUUCCUCCUCCUCCUCAUCUUGCGCGUCCACUGGAAAGAUGGUGAUGCUGACAGUAAAAAUAUCCUCACCAGACGGUGUGUCUAAGAAGCAGUCGUAUUGGUGCAGGAGUUUAUUUUAAACAGAUAUAAAGGAAUGUUAGAAGGGACGUUGGGUAAUGUAGUCUGUGAACUAGCUAACAAAGUUGUUGCUAAGGGACACGCGUGUCACUCCGCAUUGCUGCAAGGUUGUUAGGCUGGCGCAUUGAUAUGUAAAUUAGCUGUCAGGUGUACUGUAAAUCUAUUUUGACGUCGCUUCAGCCAAUCAGAAGCUGAAGAAACCUUGGACUAGUUUUUUUUGUGUGUGCUAAAUCUCCACCUUGUGAGCUAGCUUGCCCGAGACGCAGUGUCCUCUGCAUUCACACAUGUCGCGUUUUGUUUGCUUUGAAUGCCCGAUUUUAUGGACAUGACACGGCUUUGUAUCGGACACAAUGGUGGGACAGUCCCGCUGUUACGUAAGGAACACCGUAAAGCACGUUUACGCUGAUGGGACCGCGGUUAGGGACGGGAACGCAGGCAGGUAACCGGUGUUAGCAUUUUUAUGUUAGGUUAUUGCUGUAGUGCUCCGACUUAUGUGUGUUAUGGUGUAGUUGUGUAAGAUAGGUGUUAUUUAUGAUAUAUAUUGAACCAUUAUCACUAGUUCAGUCUUCUCAAGUAGCUUCAUAGUUAAAAUUUGGUCAUCACUUUAUAAUCGUUUAUGUACAGUAUCGACCAAAAUGUGAGCACACUCAACAUUUCAGCAAGCAUCCUCUCAAUGGACAAUACUCUAGAAAUGAUUGAAGUUAGAGUAGUCUGUGUACAGCUUGUACAGCAUGUCAUAUGGACAUCAAGACAUGAGUGAUAUGACCAGAAGGAAGCUGAAGACGAGAAAUUUGGUAAACACUAAUUUAAAAAAAAAUGGUUGCUAUAAUAUUGUAACAUAUGAAAUCUUAAAGGCUUUAUAUGGACGUGUGUGUGUUUUUUUAGCACUUUUAAUGAUAAAGACGUUCAACAUUAUUCAAGUUGAGUAGUCAUACCUAUUGAGUGGGGCGCACGGAUGAUGUCAUGCAAAGGUGACUGUUGUGGUUUUGUUGUUGACACAACUUCAUGAGUUUUUUUUUACUACAGAUGGCCUACACCUCAGACACUACACUCGUUUCAGUCUGUCUAUAAUGUCAUCGCCAGGGUUUGUAUGUAUUUGAGUGUUGGACCACAUCGAGUCAUAGAAGUGCUUUGAAAACUUUCAAACUCUUGGAUCUGAGCUUUGGAGCAAGAAAAAAUAUAUGUAGGCUAUAAAGUUACUUUAAUAUCUAUCUGCAGAUGAAAUUUUAUUACAAUCUGUGAAUGCGGUAUCAAAUUAAAGUUCCUGUUACAUUGUAUCAGAUACAGUAGAAUUAAUCACAUUAUGGUUAUACUUGAUGUACCAAAAAUGUGAAUGCAUUUCCUUUAAAAAAGCAACAGGAAUCUAGGAAACGUCACCUGCACUGUCCAGUAUCAAGGUAUUUUUUUCACAGUCAGACAGGUUGAAGUUUUGGCUAAAAAGUUAUAGAAUUGAUUUAAAGAGUCGUUUUGGAUCGGAUCGUUCUAAAUGAACCAUUUUUUCAUUAUUGGCAAACCCAUAUUUUAAUAUUUAUUCAAUCGUUAAAAGGAAUGGUUACACCUCUAAUUUUAAACAGGGGGGCUAUUUGUGUUUUUUGUGUGUGUUUUGCAGCAUUUUUAUUUUGGUUUUGGACAUGGCUUUAUGUUUGCGAAACAUUGUACCGCUUUUGUCUACUUUUGUUCGCACCAAGUCACUUCCUGUUUGUUCCACUACUCAAUUCCCAAGGGAACACAUUUAUUGCAACACACAGUUGCAAUAAAUGUCUUAAAUGGCUUAUUUACUCUACUAUAUUGGGUGAUAUGUUUGUAAAGGUGACUGUAGGGGUGUUAUUUCAUGUCUAUAGAGCUCUAAUAAUGAUACAACAUGCAUUUAGAAGGUCUACUAAGUAUGCACUUAUUACAGUAAACCUCGGAUAUAUCGGAUUCAAUUGUUCCCACUGGUUUUGUCCGAUAUAAGCGAAAUCCGCUAUAUGCGUAUACCGGAAAAUGUCCGUUUUACGCAUAUAUCGGAUUUAUAUCCGGUAUAUGCGUAAAUCGGAUUUUAUCCGUUAUAAAAAGGCACUUCCUUGACUAUGUUUCCAAUGUACCUGGACGCGCAGGCAACGCUGCAAACGCUGCAAAUGACGUCGUAUAGCGGCCUGUCACGAUUCGGCGAAUCGGAGCGCCACGAUGCGGCCACCCGAUAUAUGCGAGGGAAAUUUGAUGGAAAUGCAUUGGAACGGGACUGGAGAUUUUGUCCGAAAUAGGCGAAAUCCGUUAUAAAAAAUCCGAUAUAUGCAAUGAAUUUUUAUUGGGAAUGCAUUACAGAAAAAUUGGUUCUUUUUUAUCUGUCCGUUGGGAGCGAAUUUCCGAUAUAUCCGAGUCCGAUAUAUCUGAGGUUUACUAUACAAUUUUCUGGCCGAUUACUAAUCGUUAAAAAAAAAAAUUACCUGCCGAUACAGAUGUUUUUCUAAUAGCUGACAGCAUACACAUUCAGUGUAUGAAACUAAAUCAGUGCUGAUCAAUCAGUGUAUGCUUAGGCGUAUGCGAGGUCUACUUUGCAGUAAUUCAUUUAUCAUGGUCAGGUCUGGAACCAGUGAACCAUGAUAAUUGAGGGAUCAUCGUAUACUGCUAAAGUUGUGCACUGAUUACUUUGCAAUUUAAAUUUAUUUUGUAUGGCAAAUAUAUAAUAGAAAUGCUUGCUGAAUUGUGAGUGUACUAAUUUUUGUGACACAUUAUAUCUAAAUAUUACAUUAUCUUACAUAUUUGUAAAUACUACAAAGCAACUUUAGCGACCUCAUUAUUGUUGCUUGUAGUUUCCAUCUACAAAACAAUUCUUGCUAAAUUUUUAUCUCCCCUCCAUGUUACUUUUCCCCUUGCUCCAUUUGCCCCUUUGCCCUAAAUCUGCCGCACUCCCUCCAUUAAGCACAGUUAUUUUCAGUUGUGCCACAUCCAUUAUUUUUCUUCUCAGAAGUCAUGGCCUUUUAAUCCACAGAAGGGCCAGUUCACUUUUCUGGCUAAAGGGCUUGCAGUCAUCUGUAUCUUGCAGCUGUGUUCUUAGUAGAGGAAAUACCAAAGGAAACAGAACAGAGGGUGGCAAAGAGGCAGCCAUGAGCCCUCCACGCCGAUCAUCGAGUUCCCAUGGCGACAGGCCCUCUACUGAGUCCCUACAGAGAAACAACAGCAGCAACUCGGGCGUUAUUCUGGACAUUGCAGCUCUUAAGAUGGCAGAAGUGGAUACAGAGGUGCCUCCCCUUCCACCUCGCUACCGCUUCAGGGACCUCCUGCUUGGGGACCAGACGUUUCAGAAUGAUGACAGGUAUCAGGAGGAGUACAGUAUGGACUCAACCAAUGCCCAGGUUCAGGUGGAGUUCUACGUAAACGAAAACACCUUCAAGGAGAGGCUGAAGCUUUUCUUCAUCAAAAACCAAAGGUCAAGUUUGAGGAUCCGCCUUUUCAAUUUCUCCCUGAAGAUUCUCACCUGUGUCCUCUACACAGUGAGAGUCACCCUGGACAACCCCAAUGACACCAAUGGCAAUCCAUGUACAAUCUUUAGAAACUCUAGCUGGCCAAAUUCAUCAACAGAGUCGCCAGAAAUCCACUGGAAGUUGAUUUUGUGGGUUACCAGACCUGAUCCCUUGUGGGGCAUACAAGUGACAGUGGCUUUAAUCAGUUUCUUGGAAACCAUGCUCAUCACAUAUCUCAGCUACAAGGGCAACAUUUGGGAGCAGAUAUUCCAGAUAUCCUUCAUAUUGGAGAUGAUCAAUACAGUGCCAUUUAUUAUCACAAUCUUCUGGCCUCCAUUAAGAAAUAUAUUUGUUCCUGUUUUUCUUAACUGCUGGUUAGCCAAAGGGGCCCUGGAAAAUAUGAUUAAUGAUUUCCAUCGUGCCAUUCAGAGGACUCACUCGGCCAUGUUCAACCAGGUGUUUAUCCUCAUCUGCACUUUACUGUGUCUGGUCUUCACUGGAGCAUGUGGCAUCCAGCACCUUGAGAGGGCUGGAAAGAACUUGACCUUGUUUGACUCCUUCUACUUCUGCAUCGUUACCUUCUCCACUGUGGGCUAUGGAGAUGUUACGCCACAGAUCUGGCCCUCGCAACUGCUGGUGGUCAUCCUCAUCUGUGUGGCGCUGGUGGUGCUCCCGUUGCAGUUUGAAGAACUAGCCUACUUGUGGAUGGAGAGCCAAAAACUGGGAGGAAACUACAGUCGCCACCGAGCACAAACAGAGAAGCAUGUGGUGUUGUGUGUCAGCUCACUGAAGAUAGACCUGCUGAUGGAUUUUCUCAAUGAGUUCUAUGCUCACCCCAGAUUACAGGAUUAUUAUGUGGUGAUCCUGUGUCCAACUGAUAUAGACAUUCAAGUUCGCCGUAUCCUCCAGAUACCUCUAUGGUCUCAGAGGGUCAUCUAUCUUCAAGGGUCAGCUCUCAAAGACCAGGACCUGAUGAGAGCCAAAAUGGACGAUGCUGAGGCCUGUUUCAUCCUCAGCAGCAGGAACGAGGGUGACCGAACUGCUGCUGAUCAUCAGACUAUUUUGAGAGCUUGGGCCGCAAAGGACUUUGCUCCCAACUGUCCUCUCUAUGUCCAGAUUCUCAAACCGGAAAACAAAUUCCAUGUUAAAUUUGCUGACCAUGUAGUAUGUGAGGAGGAGUUCAAAUACGCCAUGCUUGCACUGAACUGCGUGUGCCCGGCCAUGUCCACCCUCGUCACACUCCUCGUCCACACCUCCAGAGGACAGGAAGGACAGUUGUCACCUGAGCAGUGGCAAAGAAUGUACGGACGCUGCUCCGGGAACGAAGUCUACCACAUUCGAUUGUGUGACAGCAAGUUUUUUGGAGAGUAUGAUGGGAAAAGCUUCACUUACGCCUCUUUCCAUGCUCAUAAGAAGUACGGUGUUUGUCUGAUCGGCGUAAGGCGGGAUGACAACAAGAGCAUCCUGUUAAACCCCGGCCCCCGUCACAUCAUGGCUGCCACCGACACCUGCUAUUACAUCAACAUCACCAAGGAGGAGAACUCAGCUUUCAUCUUCAAACAGGAAGAGAAGCACAACAAGAGCCUGCCCGUCACCGGCCUAUACGACGCCCCCUCCCGGCUGCCCGUGCACAGCAUCAUUGCCAGCAUGGUUGAUCAGGCCACUUCGUAUGGUACUGUGGCCAUCGACCUCCAGAACCCCGAUCCCCCGGAGGAAACCGGCAAACUGACCUUGCCGACGGAGAACGGCGCAGGAAGCCGCAGGCCGAGCAUCGCGCCAGUCCUGGAAAUCGCAGACUCCUCUGCCAUUCUUCCCUGUGACCUCCUCAGCGACCAAUCGGAGGAUGAGACCAAUCAAUCAGACGAGGAGGGUUCUGUUGGGUCUGAUUUUGUGAAGGGCUACCCCCCUAACUCUCCCUACAUCGGGAGCUCUCCAACCUUGUGCCAUCUCCUUCCACAGAAAGCUCCAUUUUGCUGCCUGCGUUUGGACAAGGGCUGUACUCACAACAGCUUUGAAGACGCCAAAGCGUAUGGCUUCAAGAACAAACUGAUUAUAGUGUCUGCAGAAACAGCAGGCAACGGUUUGUACAACUUCAUUGUCCCACUGCGAGCAUACUAUCGACCCCGGAAGGAGCUCAACCCUAUUGUGCUUCUUCUGGACUACCAGCCAGACAACCACUUCUUAGAGGCCAUUUGCUGCUUCCCAAUGGUUUACUUCAUGGCCGGCACCAUCGAUAACUUGGACAACUUGCUGCAGUGUGGAAUCAUCUAUGCUGACAACUUGGUGGUUGUGGACAAGGAAAGUACCAUGAGUGCUGAAGAAGACUACAUGGCAGACGCCAAGACCAUUGUCAAUGUCCAGACUAUGUUCAGACUGUUCCCCAGCCUCAGCAUCAUUACUGAGCUCACACAUCCAUCAAACAUGAGGUUCAUGCAGUUCAGAGCAAAGGACUGCUACUCGCUUGCUCUUUCCAAGCUGGAGAAGAUAGAACGAGAUAAGGGCUCCAAUUUAGCAUUCAUGUUCCGCUUGCCAUUCGCAGCAGGCAGGGUCUUCAGUAUCAGCAUGCUGGAUACACUGCUCUACCAGUCAUUUGUGAAGGACUACAUGAUCGCUAUUGCUCGGCUUCUUCUCGGUCUGGACACAACACCAGGCUCUGGGUACCUGUGCGUUAUGAAGAUCACGGAGGAGGACCUGUGGAUCAGGACAUACGGCAGACUCUUCCAAAAGCUCUGUUCCUCCAGUGCUGAGAUCCCCAUCGGGAUUUACCGCACAGAGUCGCAUAUGUUCUCAACUUCGGAGUGCAAGGACAGUUAUGUGCAGUCUCAGGUCUCGAUCAACGUGGAGCAGGGGGAGGAGCAUCGCGACCGCAAAGAAUCCUGGAAGGAAAAGACAGCCCACAGGAACUCUAGCGCCAGCGAGCAGUCGGAGCACCCGCUGCUGAGGAAGAAGAGUAUGCAGUGGGCGCGGCGUCUGAGCAGGAAGAACACGAAGCCCUCCAGUCGGGCAGAGCGCAUCUCGCAGCAGCGCCUCAACCUCUACCGCCGCUCGGAGCGCCAGGAGCUAUCUGAGCUGGUCAAGAACCGUAUGAAGCACCUAGGCCUGCCCACCGUGGGAUACGAGGAUGUUUCUAAUCUCACUGCAAGCGAUGUCAUGAAUCGAGUAAAUCUAGGAUAUUUGCAAGAGUUGCAGGACAUAUCAGAGCAGCCGUAUACAGACGGGACCCGGCCGUCAGACGAGAUGAACGACCACCAGAACACGCUGUCCUACGUCCUCAUCAACCCGCCUCCAGACACCAUGUUGGAACUCAAUGAUAUUGUGUACAUCAUCCGGUCUGACCCACUGGCCCACAUGCCAGAGGAGUCACAGGUGGGCCAGAGUCGAGGCACCAGGAACCAGACGCGCUUUGGCUCAGAGACCAGAAACGAGACUCACCUAUGAGCCCCGCUCCUUCCUGUAUUACAUUUGACCUCAGAGCCACCAUCGCACAGGACUGUUGGUGUCAUUCUGCUGCUUCUAUUCCACAGAGCUGCUGCAGGAGGACGCAUGAAGAGUGCCUCAUCAUCAACCCUCAUGUCUAACACAGCUCACUUAGCAAAUUAACACUGGAGGACGUUGUCGUCUAAGACUAGUUUUACUCUGUAGUGCACACACACUCACACACACUUUGUGCCCUCGUGCCUUGCGUUCCUGGGCCAAGCAUCAGGGCAGUCAACAUGCUAUCAUGUGAUCACAUGAUCAACUUUUUUUUCAUGUCUUUGGUUAGUGGUACACAUGGUUUCACUUUCUUUAUGAGCACAAGUAUCUGUGUGGGGGCAUCAGACUAUAAAAGAAGUGGAUAUAGCCAUCAUUAUCAUCAUCAUGGUAGGGCCAUUUUGGUUGUUGUUGUUGUGACUGGUUGCCGAGGCGACCAGCUGCCGUAUUUGACUUGAAAUGACAGAGCUGUAGUGAAAAUGUUUACGUACUUCUGUCUGCUGUCCCCUGCUGGCUGUUGGAAUGAAUGCCACUUUAUAUAAUAAUGGGGGGAGCGAUUAAGACUGUUUCUAUCAGCCACCUUGGUGGAGGCUUUUUAAAGUCAGUAUUAAUCAUUCAUUUCAAUAUUUUAAGUGUCCUCCAAAUAGGUUUUAAUCAGCAAUUGUGCCAUUAUUUGUUUGUAAAUACCUUUGAGUACACUAUGUGCCAUUUAUCCAGGAGCUUGGCCGACAUUGUUAAGACAGUUGUAGCUUUUAGUCAAUCGAACUAAUACAGUGGAACCUCUCAAAGGAAACAAUAAACAGAAAGUGAUCUGUGAUGUUUGACAUCAUAAUUUCACAAGUAUUUUUCCGCACUUAGGAACUAAUUUAAAAUGAGCUGUUAUUAAAACAUUAGCACCUUCUUCCCAUAAUUGGGAGCUUUCUGUGAUGGCAUCACCAAAAAAAGCUAAUCAUGCUUAUGUUAUGCAUGAUGAUGAUUACAUUGACCUUGCUGUUCAACUCUGUGGUUCCACUGUAUUAUACGAAAAAAACGUCAAACAUACCGCAUUGACCCAAAUAUAAGAUUUUUUUUUCCCCUCCAAAACUGAAGAAGAGGGGUCCAGAGAGUCAUACGUGCAAACCAACAGGUAGUGCUCAAUGACUUCUCCCCAAGCAAUUUGGAGCUUUUCUUCAUGCACUCACACACACAUACAUGUCACUUGCAGAAAAACGUAUCCCAGAGGUUGUCUGGGAUAUAAGUUAUGACGCCAGUUGUAUGAUAAUAGUAAUCAAAGAAGAAAAAACAUUGAUUUUUCCUUAAAUAUUUCAAAACCUGUUUUGUAAAUAGGGGUCGUCUUAUAUUUGGGUCAAUAGGUUUUAAAGUAUAUGCUUAUUGGUUAUUAGUCAGCACAAAUCCUACACGUUAAUUACUUUGUCAAACUUUUAAGAGUUUAGUAGCUUAAAAAAACAAAAACUAUUUCAGAUGUUGAAAUACCCGUGUUUCCUAGAAAAACACCCACAUGUAGCUUGUUUUAUUAGCCAUCAGUGGUCAUUACCUUUUAUGUUCACCUAACAGUAUCUGUGAAUGCCUGUAGUCACUUUAGCCCUUAGCUAAAAAUGAUGAGCAUGUCUUUGAGUUUAUUUGCCUCUUGACUAGCAGUGGUUGUCGCGGUCAGGCUCUUACAUUUUCACUGCAUUUUUAACUUGAAUUCAUCGGGAUUGAUGACUUAUUUGUUAUUUAUUGUGACCCCGCACUUUGAUCGUCCGUUUUUUUGAACAAUGGUCUCCCCCAUCGGUGUAAAUAAUAACUUUCUAUAUGCGCUCUUUCCCUGUUUGUCCUGUGAUGAGAUGUGAAAGAGGACUAUUUUUGCACUAAGACUUGUGGAAUAUUAUGGCAUGACCCUUUAACCUCCAACUCAUCACCACUCUGUCGUUUGUCCAUUUGAACAAAUGUUUUGGGACCUGAGGAGCUGAAAUCCUCCCAACAUUCCAUAGUGAUCCAUAUCAGCUGUGCUUCUGUCUACAUGUUAAACCCCAAUGGGCAUGUUUUAAGAAAUAAGAUUUGGAAAAAGAAGCAUGUUUUGAUAAUACAAGCUCGCCAAGAACACACUGUACACUUUCAUCAGGAAUGUGUGAUACUUUCUAUGAAUGGAACAUGCAUGUUGUUUACCACCUCUUUUAUGUUCCUGAAGAUCCAUUUUGUACUCAAUUUCUAACGAUGGAAAGACAGGUAACUUGAAGGUCAUGAACAAAUAAAAGCUGCAUGCAGCCGCCUCCAGUCAUCAUGUUUAUUUUAUUAUGUACGCAAUAGGUCUUUAAAAAUGGCAGAGCACUCCUGUCAUAGAGGAUCUUUGACAAUAGUGUUUUUGCAGUACUCAAAGUCAUGUAAUACAGGCAAUGUUUAAUUAACAUUUUAAACAAACUUACCUGACAGAGAAUAUCUGUUUAGCACGUAAGGACAUCGAGAUGAACAACAUUGUCUGCCCCAAUUACUGGACAGGACCAAAGAAAAAAAACAUUUUGCUAUAAUUAAAUCAAGCUUGUAUACAAAAACAGCCAAACGAACACGAGUACAGCAAAGCUAUAGAAUGUUCUGGUAAAUAAAUAAACAUCAGGAGGUCAUCCAUGUGAUAAGUUUCGGCAUGAAACAAUGCACCUCUUAUUUUAUUCAUGUUGCACUGCAUGACAAUAAAGCUGUUUGCUAUAAUGAAAU